UAAGCUUGAGAUCUUUGACAAAAUGAUAUAUUCGAUAAAAUUGAUAAUUGUGUGUGCAGCCUAUGUAGUUCCCCCUCCCUACCAUAUGUGUUCGAACAGAAUUUAUAAUUUUUUACUAAUAUUACUAAGAUUAUACUGCAGACGAUCCAAAGACUCAGUUCUAAAGCAGGCUAGACGACAGUCAAUCAACGGGACAGCACUCGCAAUCGUAAACAAAACAUGGCGACAUCAGCUGCAAAAGGGAAAAACGAGCUGCUGGCAUUACUUUCACAGCUCAAUAUAUCGGCUCAUACUGUUGAACAUCCUGAGGUUUACACUGUGGAAGAAGCAUUACCACACACAAAUGGGCUGCCAGGAGUGUUUGCCAAAAAUUUGUUUCUGAAAGAUAAAAAGAAGUCACUGUGGCUCUUUUGUGCACCACAUGAUCUUGACGUCAAGCUCAACGACCUAGCAAAACUAGUUGGUGUUCCUGGUGGAUUCAGAUUUGCUGAUGAGGCUGCAUUACAUACUGUUCUAGGAGUGAGACAGGGAGCCGUAACCCUGUUUGGGCUAGUCAAUGAUGUCAGUCAUCAGGUUAAACUUAUUUUGGAUGAAAGUUUCUGGGAAGAAGGUAAGACUGAUGGAAGUAUAAAAGAAACCACAAAAACUGAAAAUAAAUUAGAAAAAGAUUGUGAUCCUAUCACAGAAACUUUAGACAAAAUGCAGGUAACUACGGAGGGAAAGGGAUCAAGUCCUGGACUAAUAAUACAAGAUGAAGAACAUGCUUCUCAGCACAGAAUCUAUUUUCAUCCAUUGGUCAAUAGUGCAAGCACAGGGAUUACCUUGCUGGAGCUGAAACAGUUUUUAGCUUAUACAGGCCAUGAGCCUAUUGUUGUGAAGUGUCUGUCUAAAAAAAUAUGAAGAAAUGAAAUUUCCAGUAAAUUAUCAUGUUAAAUGCAGUUGCUAUGUUUUUGUCUGAUCUCAUAUGAUUAUUUGAUUUAAAGAUAUCUCAAGAUUUGUUUAAAAUGAAAAAGGUACAAUCCUUUGUGUGUGCGCAAGAGAGAGAAAGAAAAGGCACAUACUUUUAUGCAUGAAAGUGUUUGCCUAUGGUUCUGAGAGCUAUCACUAACAGUCAACAGACUAUUAACUACUACAAUUAAUAUCAUUUAUUUUUUUUCUAUUUAUUUUGUUUUAGCAUGUUGAAUAUUUUAACAAAUUGGCUGCUAAAGUAAACUGCUUAAAUACAAGUAUUUGUGUUGCAGAUUCUUAGGUUAGUAAUUUUUAUUUUAAAAGUUAUUUGUUAUAUGUUUCCCAUCUAGCUCUAUCUUUUGUGACCUACACUUUUUCUAUAUAUUCUUGGUUUGUAUAGAAAUUUUUUUCAGCAAGUUUUCUCAGUUGUUACAUGCCCUUUAACAAAAAAAAUUUUAAUAAUAAACCAUCAAUGACUGGUUUCUUAUUGUGAUGAUCUGUUUCAAUGUCUGCUUUGAAGCCAUUAGGCCUUUAGUUUAUUAAGAAGUACAUAUCACCUAGAUUUACAUUUGUGGUCCGAGGUCCCCACCAAUAUCUGUUGCCAGGCUUACUGAAAGGACUAUAUGCGAUCAUAUUUUAUCUUGACUGCACAUGCCUAAGGGAUUGUGUCAUAUUAAUAAACUUUCCUUAUUAGUUUACUGAAAUAUUUGUGCGCACUAUUUAAGUAUGCAGGUGCUUUGCUUCUGGCAUUUAUGAUUCAACUUAUAAUGUCUCAGUUAUAAUGUUAUAAUGUCUCAGUGUGUAAAUUUCAAGCAACUGUACAAGUACAAAGAUUUUGUUUAUACUUCAAGGUUAUUGAUUUGUAAGAUAUGAUCAGCACAACUAAAGAACCCAAAACAUGUAGGAACCAGAGAAAACCCAUGUAGACAUGGCAAACUUCACUCAGAAAAGUCUUGGCCAGGAGUCAGGGUCCCCUCCACCCCAUCAACAUUAUAACUAACAACAUUAAGUGAUUUACAACUCUCCGUGUAAACACCUCAACUUCUGUCAGGUGUUUUCUAUAGUUAGGCAGUUUCUGAAUGACUUGAUAUUGACAGAAUGUCACAAACCUUAUAAUUAUAACAUGAAAGCAGAGUACAGGUUAAAUUUCAGCUGCAUAAAUUUAAAGGUCUAGUGCACAGGAGGUUAUGACAUAUUUGUACACAAAUAUACCUAAUUAAUAUAUGGUCCCAGUUGUUCUGUUGGGCUUCACAAUGUAAAAAAUUUUUUUAUGUUGCUUGUGUCUCUGUGUGUCUUUUUUGCCUGUUUGUUUUACUGCAAAGGCGCCAUCAGCCUGCCCAUAGGACUGGAUAUGGUGCUCUAUAAGAUCACAUUAGUAGUAUUAUUAAUCAUCUUCACUUCUGUGUUGUUGACCUCUUUCUGUCCAUGAUAUUUGUAGACAUUUAUCUUGAGAAUGGACUUGGUAUUCACCCAGAUUUGGGGAAAGAGUAUCUUAGACUGAGAAAUCAAUAGAAAGAAAAAGUAUAUCUCUGUCCUUGAACAGAACACACAGUGUGACCAUGCCAUUUCUUAGGUAUAAUAGGUAUUGAGUUCAGAAGCUAUAUUACAACACAAGUAAAAUGGAGGGCCAUGAUUCAUUGCUUUGGAGUAUUGCUCAAGUUAUGGGGCCAUCUUGUCUGUCAACAGUAGACUCACAGAUCACCGUGCUUUGAGGUACUCAACAUGAGAAAAGAAGGGAUUUAGCUGUGCUAUGGAAGUUGUUUGUACAAAUUCUUGUGUAAAUUUUCUCCAUCAUGGCUGUUUAAAUGCAGGUUCAGUUCUGUCUUUGCCUAACACUCUCAGGUCAGGCUUACCAAUGACCCCAAAUUAUGUAUAUAAGUAGUAUGUAAACAAAAGAGAACAGGGUAAAUUAUAUUGCUACAAGUUGAGUCCUGCUCUUUUUGGCUCUGGUUUGCGAGGUAUAGCUUUUCAUUUUUAGUCUACCUCAACAUUUUAUUAUUCAAUAUUGAAUCAUAUCUUCAACAAAUUAUUUAUGAUUACCAUGGGCCAGUUUCAUGAAUGUGUCUGUGAUUAUAUCUAGAAUGGGAACCAUCAAUGUAUGAAAGUUUAUUAUGUGUAUUUUAAUUUAUUCUCACCUCUUAAAUAAAAUCUUUGAGAAUAUUUCAGUUUGCUCUCAAAAAUAAAAUGCAUCCAAAUUACACAUCUGUUGUUACUUACAAGAUGAUAUUUUUUAAUAACUCUGAAUGUGAUAAUAGAAGUGUAUCGAACUUUCAGAAUAUAUAUUUUUAGCCCAUUUUUUUUUCACUUAUUCCAAGGGCAUUUGUUUCACAUUAUUUGUGAAGGCAUAAUAUAUUUAUAAAAUAAGAUGUUUGCUUGUUUUUCUCAUACCCUAAGUGUUCGCAUAAAAUAUUACUUUGAAUCCAGCAAAUGUGUUGUUUUUCGGUAUGUGAUAUUGUACAUGUUUAUUAAACACAAAC